AUUGGUACGUCACGGUGUGCCCAAAUAGACGGUCCAGAUGUGUCUUUGCAACAAACAUUUUCAAUGAUUUCUGAAGCCUUUUAUACGCUUUCCUGAAAAUCCGACGAGUGUACUCUUCUACAAAGACUUCGAAACCAUUGCCGCCUCAGUCAUCUGGAAGCGAGACGCGUUACCCAGAAUCAUGACGUUGAAUUUCGCCGUUCACUACACCGAACAGCUUGUUCCGUUGACCAGGCUGCAUGUAUCUGCGCAGACUAAGCCUACAAGCGAUGACGGUGCACUAAAGUCUAUGCAUGCAAUGCUACAGGAUUCGCCCUCUGAAGUUACGGUGCAAAAAUCCAUACACUUUCUCCGUACUUUCCCUGUUCGGGACAAACCAGGGCUGCAAUCUGACAGUGAAGAAAUCGUCUUUUACAAUGCCAUCGUCAGGAAAACAAUUUUUAACAUGUAUGCCCUUGCCGUGGAUCUUUACCUGGAGGAAUCAAGUGCGGCUCAGCUUGACGCAGAGUGGUGGGCCGACAUCGAACAAUCCACCUGGUCUGUGGCAUUGUAUCUCUUACAGUCGUUGCCGAGCCGUCUUCGCAGAGUUUCGCAAUUGAUUCAGGCACAGAAGAUGUCUGUUCGUUUGUCGGCGUUUUAUCCAUCGUCCAUUGCAAGAUUCUACUGGGAUGCUAUGCCUAUUCGACUCAACCCGUUCGCUGUUGCACUCUUCCCCUAUCUGCGAAAUCAGUCUUCUUCUGUGGCAUCAUUUUCUCCAGUUAUCGCAGGAAAGAGCACGCGAACAGACUCCCUCGUUGCCCUGGCUGAAAAAAUACGUGUCGGGGUCGCGUACAGUAUACAAAGAGUGAUCUCUCUUCUGCUCUUUCCUGUCCGUCUUACUCGAGAAGAGUGUCAGCUUAGAAGAAAAGAAUUGGAGAAGGUGAGGGACGAGAGGGCGGAAGUCCUCGGAAAGCUUUUAGAGUUACGACCCUUGCUCGCAAAUGGUCUAGAGGCCGACUUCAACGGUUCAAUCACUGGUUGGUCUCUUGACAAUCAAACCCUUACGGCGUUUCUGUUCAAGUUCGCUGUUGUCACGUCAGGCAGUGCAUCACAGAAACCUGCUAUCCCUUUGAUCGAACAACUCCUAGGUACAUUUAAAAACCAUGUACUCUUGCAUGACGCGUACCUGGAUGCCCACGAUCUGCGACGACCAUCCCGACUCACCCUGUUAUGGCCUCGCUUAUUCCUGCUUCCCCCACUGAUGCUCUAUUGUGUCAAGCAUAUCUAUACUUCCAGAGCGACUUUAGCAGACUUUAUGCUAGAUGUGGUGAACACCGUACAAAACUUUUUCAAGGGUUGGUUAUUUGACCCUAUAAAAGAUGUCCUUGUAACUAUUCGUGCUGGUGGAGAAGAUGGCGUCAUUGUUAGGCGAGAAGCAGUUGCUGCCGACCUCGAUUCACUCGAACGAAUGACCCUUGCUCUCGCUAGAGAAAAACUUAGUUAUGAUUCUUCACAACUUGAACUACUUUCACAGCAGAUACGCCAGGGUGACCUCACUGCUGUGUUAAAGAUUUAUGAAGAAGACAUCAAAUAUCCGGUGAAAUCUGCGAUAUCGGGGACGCUUCUGAGAACAAUGUUCAUUCAGGUCCAGAAAGCCAAAGUGGAUCUCGACCAAGCACUGGCUGGCAUCGAUAAGCUGUUGAAGUCUCAAGAACUUACUUUCGCAUUCGUUGGUGUCGCGCCAGCCCUUGCUGUCAUAUAUGUCGCAGGAGGAUUCCUAAGAGGAUUGCUGUCUAUAAGACCUGGCAGGUAUGGAGGGAAACUCAGAAAGACUAGCGUCUGGCUUGCAAUGAGGCGCAUCGAGCGGCUUCUGUUAUUCCAACCUAAAUUGUUGCACCAUCAUCAUGAUACCGAGAACUUGCACUCGGACACCAUUCCUGCUUUGACGACAGGACUAUUGGUUUUAUCUCUAGCGCAUCUCCGAGAGUACGCUUUGACGUCGCUACCAGCGCGGUCACGACUUCGGGAAGGAUUCUUGGAAGAUAUCGAAGACCUUGAAGACCCUGGAUUGCGUCGAUCAGAAAAACUGAGGAUUAUCGAUCGAAUGUGGAAGAGUUGGGGAAAAGAGCUCGGUUGGUACGAUCUAUCGGGCGGUAGAUCAUACAGGUAGAGAUUGGUUCCCUCCGAGGUGCAUUGCAGGAGGAACCGAUAGAUUACUGGGGAGUCAAUCUGAUCGUGGCAUGCGUUUACCGACCAAUAUCUGUUUUAACUUAGGAUAGCAGUAUCGACUAUGUGGACCCAAGUAUAAAUUCUAGGAUAUGCGUACUCGCGCCAUUGAGGGAAUGUCGAAUGGAUGGUAUAAUAAAU